GUGUUUUGUUCGUGGGGUGUGUCAUUUGUCAUUAUUAUUUUUGUGUUCGUAUUUAACGUUUGCAAUUAAACUAACGAAAAUGUUUUAUUUAAUAUUGAUGUUGUUACCUGUGGCUCUGUUCGCACAACGAACACCGUCCAUUUCGCAUAUAACGCAAGAACAAAUUAAAGAUAUCGGUGGAACGGUCGAACUCGAAUGCUCUGUACAAUAUGCCAAAGAGUAUACAGUACUUUGGACGAAGACAUUGAACGGGGCAUCAGAUUCCGUAUUUUUGUCAACUGGAAGUUCAUUGGUCAUCAAGGAUUCUCGGUUCGCUCUGCGUCAUGAUCCAUCAUCGUCAACUUACACAUUACAAAUCAAGGAUAUUCAAGAGACUGACGCAGGCAUUUAUCAAUGCCAGGUCGUGCUUUCCGUCAUCAACAAAAUAUCUGCUGAUGUUUUACUAUCAGUGCGUAGACCGCCCGUAAUUGCGGAUAAUUCAACCCAAUCAUUGGUCGUAUCUGAAGGCAAAUCCGUUCAAAUGGAAUGUUAUGCUGGUGGUUAUCCACAUCCGACUAUAUCUUGGAGACGUGAAAACAACGCCAUUUUACCAACAGGUGGUGCAACGUACACUGGAUCGGUGCUGAAGAUCAACUCUGUACGAAAAGAAGACCGCGGAACAUACUACUGUGUCGCUGACAAUGGCGUUAGCAAAGGCGAUCGUCGUAAUAUCAAUCUUGAAGUUGAAUUCGCUCCAUUCAUAUCGGUGCCGCGACCACGUCUCGGUCAGGCUCUGCAAUACGACAUGGAUCUGGAAUGUCACAUCGAAGCGUAUCCGUUGCCGGCUAUUGUCUGGGUCAAGGACGAGGUACAGCUGUCGAACAAUCAACAUUACAGCAUUUCACAUUUUGCCACUGCUGACGAAUUUACCGAUUCAACGAUUCGCGUCAUUACAAUCGAGAAACGACAAUACGGAGACUAUGUGUGCAAGGCUGUGAACAAAUUGGGACAGGCAGAGGCCAAAGUUCAUCUGUUCGAAACUGUAAUUCCUGUGUGUCCACCGGCUUGUGGUCAGGCACAUUACGGUGAUGCACAAUAUUUGGCCGCUUCGACGGUAGUUUUAGUAUUAGGUUUUUUGGCAGUUUUUAUGGGUUUCCACUAGUGGAUGACCUCGCCAAAAACAAAGUGCAUGCAAAUUUUGAUAUCAUUUUUCUUUACUCUGGAAUGUGGAACGCAGAUCGUGUCUGUGUUCCACUUUCCUUUUAACAAAUUGAAUCUCUUGAGAAUAAUUGAUCGAGAUGAAAAUCAUAUUGACAAUUCUUGAAGCGCUAAACAUAUCAAUCAGCUGGUUGCUCUCACUUAUAGUAACAAUUUUUCUACUUUUCUCUUAUGAACAUGACGGCCUGAAUCUUUCACAGAUUUUGACAAAACGUAAAAUCAAAUGGCACUGUACAUCUUAUGAAGUUUACCAUAAAAAUGACAAUUUUUUUACCAUUUAAUCCGAAAAUAGAAUGAAUAACCAAGCAUAUCAGACAAAAAUUGACCAAGAGUCACCUAUAAUAGAUAUUUAUGCUACUAGAACCAUAUAUGAAAGAGUGAUACGACAAAUAUCUCUUAUUCAUUUAUGCUAGAACUGUGAAGUGAUUUCGAAGAAGUGUGAAGUCGAGAGCUUAGUUUACGACAUCGAGAACGAAUAUAGUUUUACAUAUCGAACGGCUUGCUCUACUCUAAAGUGCACUUUACAGUAAAGAGAUAUUUAAAAUCCCUAUUGCAAUGUUCUACGGAAUGCAUAACCUAACCAAUUUCUUUUAAGGUGAUACUUACACUAUCAUACAAAAACUAUUAGCAUAAUUGUCACAGCCAUAACAUUUUGAUAUAGCAGUCUUUAAUGACACACCGCAACGCGUCAUCUUCGUUUGCGAUAUUUAAUUAGUUUCAGUUAACGAAGUACAUUCGUCCAAGAAAUCAACCGAUUAGCAAAAGAAAUCAACCGAUUAGCAAACUCGUAACUAGAAUUUAAGUUAAAUGUGUAAGUAGUUUAUAGUCGAGAGCAGCUGUAAAUGUGUGCCUUUUUAAAUGUAGCGCAGCGAUAUUUGUUGUGCCUUUGGAAAAAAUUAAAAAUAAAGUAAAAUACGAGCGAGUUCUACUCGAUGGUAAGUUGACGCAUUUAACGUUAAUUAUUUUGCUGAUGCGGCAAUCGAAUUAUAGGGUCAACGAUUUACGUUCACUUAAUAGCAUCACAUUAAACAGACAAUUAUAAUAUUUAAAUUAAGUGUAUCAAAAUUUAGCGUCAUCUUGCCAAUCGAUCUAGAAGAACUCUAAGAGUAAAGAAUUUUAACGAAAUUGAAACAUUGAAAUGUUUUGAUAUUUUUGCACUUGAAACAUUCCAAUUGAAUUAAUUUGAAAAUGGAGACAAAUUUUUGUUUAUAAAGCUGACCCUUAGAAGGGCUCUAUUACACUUAGUGUUUUUACAUAUAGUUAUAGUUGUACGAAUUCCAUCCAUUUUGUAAUCUGAAAUAUUUUUUUUAACUUUCGACAACAGUACUCAAUUUUGCAAAAAUGUUGGUUUAUAUGAUUUGAAAAUAAAAUUUUUUUUUACAAAACUUCA